AUGUGGAUACGCAUCCCGCUGCGCGGGUCCGAUUCGUUCCUUGGUGGCGUAGUCUACUACCGACGCUGGGGGAGCCAGUCUGUUCAUCUCCUGUCGGUGGGUGAUUUCAACGCUACCAGGGAAUCACGAAUGGAGCUCCACCACCUCAGAUUACGUGAACUUUGUGCAGCGGAGCUGACUGAAGUGGUUCACGGAUUUACGGAUUCACGAAUUGUUACACAGGAUCAAGGCUUUCGUCCAAGUUUCUCGAUAUUGUUUCCUUUUUAUUUAUUCAGCGCCUCCCGUUCACCUGAAAGGCACAAGCGAAUAAACGCGGUGAAAUGCAGUUGGUCAAGCCUUGUUCAAACAGGACAUAAGAAAGAAUUAAGCCCCCCAGGAAAAGAUGACUUUCUUUGGAAAGUCAAGCACUACAAGGUGCGUUUUAACGUCCACGGAUUUAAGGCCAGCAACCAUUUUCGUAGCAGCUCGCUGGACGCUAAAUGGUGCAAAACACCACAAACAACGAAAACGGAACCAAUCCGUAAAUUUUGGGCGGAGACUCCGAUUCCGUGUAUCAAUGCCAGAACGCGCUAUUCCGUCUGGGUAGUGGCUGCGUGGAAUGACCUUCCUCCGACGCUUCUUUACGCUCUUCCUGGAACCAAGUUCAAAGCACUAUUAAACAUUUUGCGAAUUCUCGCGCUUGUAAACAUUCUGCCCCUCGAUGGGGACAUAAAGGGCAGUACUACACCCUUUUUUCACUUGGGCCUUCUAGGUGAACGACAACCACUGAACUACAAGAACAAAACUGAUCACAGAAACUUGGGCAAAAGCCUCGAUCCUGCGCAUCAACCCGUGAAUCCUUCGACAGUAUUGCCGGCGGCACUAGGUCAUUUGUUUGUCGCCCGGUUCGCGCAUGCGAUGUGCAUCCACGUAUACACGUCCGAGAAACACGGGUGUGACAAGACCGGUGAUGGGUCGGAGGAGUCACCGCUGAAGACCGUAAUGCAAGCCCUUGUCCAUUUAAAAGGUGUGGUCGAAGCCACUACGCGCAUAUGGGUCGACGGUACCGGAGACGAGAGAUGGGAUGUUGUCUCGAAAACCAAACUGAAGAAAACCAUAAAGCAGUACUUCAAUGAGAAGAAGAAGGCUGAGAAGGAAGAAGCUGCCAAGUUUGCUGCAGAAGUUUCUCAGGCCGAGGCUGCUGGAAUCCAGCUCGUCUUGGACCCUUCGUUGCCCAAACCAACUCAGUGCAAAAUUCGUGACUUGUCCAAACUGGUCGGACAGCGCGCUAAAGUUUACGGAUGGGUCCAUCGUAUUCGACGUCUAGGACGCACUUUGGUGUUUAUCGUCCUGCGUGAUGGCUCCGGGUUUCUGCAGUGUGUAUUAACAGAUAAGUUGUGUCAGACCGUAGAUGCGGUUACUCUCAGCCCCGAAUCCACUGUGGUCGUUUACGGCACUAUCAAUGCGGUUCCCGCUGGGAAAGCAGCCCCAGGGGGAUUCGAACUACAAGCUGACUACUGGGAGUUAAUUGGACGAGCGCCAGCGGGAGGAAUCGAUCAUGUGCUCAAUGUGGAAAGUGAAGUGGAUGUUCUGUUGGACAACAGACACUUAGUUAUUCGUGGUGAGAACACUUCCAAGGUUCUUCGCCUGGUUCAUGUAAUCUCGGAUGCAUUUCGUAGUCACUAUCGUGAUCGGGGUUAUUGUGAGGUCUUACCACCCACGCUUGUCCAGACGCAGGUGGAAGGUGGUUCAACAUUAUUCUCCAUGAACUAUUUCGGGGAACCAGCCUUUCUCUCUCAGUCCUCUCAGCUUUAUCUGGAGACGUGCAUCCCAGCUCUGGGUGAUGUGUACUGCAUCACUCGAAGCUACCGCGCAGAGAAGAGCCGUACUCGUCGACACUUAUCUGAAUACAACCACGUGGAAGCCGAAUGUCCUUUUAUCGAUCUGGACGGUCUGUUGGAACGAAUCGAAGAUCUAGUUGUGGAUGUAACAGACCGAGUGAUGAAGCAAGCCGGUGACCUUGUGAAGGAAAUCAAUCCGGAGUUUGUGGCUCCAAAAGGACCUUUCAGACGAUUGAAGUAUGAGGAUGCCAUUGCACUGUUGAACAAAAACGGUAUCACCAAAGAGGACUUCUCUCCAUUCGAAUUUGGUGACGAUAUCCCUGAAGCGCCUGAACGUCGUCUGGUAGAUGCCAUGGGGGAGAUGUUGUUCCUUACACAUUUCCCUGCAGGAAUGAAGGCCUUCUAUAUGCAGAGAACUGAAGGCGAUCGCCGUCUGACAGAUUCGGUUGAUUUACUUGCCCCCGGAGUUGGAGAGAUUGUUGGAGGCUCAAUGCGUAUGACCGAUAUGGACGAAUUACUUCUUGGCUACCUAUCCGAAAAUAUUGACCCAGUCCCCUACUACUGGUACACAGAUCAACGUCGAUUUGGCACUUGUCCCCACGGAGGUUAUGGACUUGGCUUUGAACGCUUUUGCACAUGGAUAAUGCGCAAAUAUCACAUUCGGGACGUCUGUCUUUAUCCUCGUUUCACCUCUAGACGAACAAUAAUAUGUUGGGCGCCAGAUGUUUCUUCUUGUGUUUCCCAUUACAUCUCUUGUGGUCACAGCUUGAUUUGUUUUGCUUUUUCAUUCGUGGGUGGGUCAAGAAGGCCCAAGUGGUUAGAGCGCGAAUUUACUGACCUGAAGGUCCGUGGUUCGAACCCGACCUGUGCCUCUGGACUUCCCCCGUCUAGAUUUGGACAACCUGGCAGUAUGCCAACCCUCGUGCAACCUUCGGGUGUCAUGGCGUGUAGGCACCUGAAGGAUGCUACUGCUGAACGUUUGUUCGUGGGUUGCUCUAGUACUAGGUAUGUGUGGACGCGCCUUCUAUAG